AUGGCUCUUAGCACUUGUGUAAAAGGGGGCGGGGAAUUCGCCGUCGUUUGUUCGACGGACGACGGGGUAUCUGUGUUAAUUGUCGAACGUGGCUAUGGAGCGAGGGAACUGAAUGAGGUGACGCAGACUGCCAUUCUUCGGCAGCAAGAGAGCAAAAGAACAAUGGAGGAAAUGCAUAAACUUACCGGGAUUUUAAAAGCGACCGUAAUGCAGAACUCGCAGGCCAUAACGUCAGCACUCGACCAACUUCAGCAAGUAUUGGUCACGAUGAAGGAAAGCUGUGAAGUGGCAGAAAAGAAUUUUCUUAACUUGUAUCAAAGAACGGUGAUAGUUUAUAGAAACGCAUCGCAACCGCAGUUGGUUAUCCAAGAAACGGGCAAUUCUGCGCAGAAUCCUUCGUUACCGGCAACCGUAUUUCCAUGUAUCAUUGCAGUGAAUGGCUGGACAUCCAGCGACCGACCUGUCGCGCAGGCUGUUUACCAGACUGUGAAUAAUGAUGCUAAGCAGGAGUGUCAGUCAUCACCGAUCACCUUGGCAAGUGUCGUUGGUCAAGCUUGGAAUGAUCAUCCAGUGGCAUCCAACCGGACAUCUGUUGCACCGGAACCUCAAACAGAAAAUAGUCAGAUGGAGACGAUCGACAUCAGUUCAUCUCCCGAACAAGCAGAACCCCUGUCCUCUAACCUUCCUGCCAAUCUACCGCCUUCUAUCGGCAAAAAAGCACUUAAUGCGUACGAAAUCGCUCAGAGGUUUAUCAGCAGAUUCGUCUCAAACCCCGGCUUCCAGACGGCAGUGGUGAAGUACGUACUGAAUUCCGAUGGAGGGGAGCUAUUAACGGAGUGUCUUUACCGACCGACCCAGUGGAAUCGACUGACCAAUCGUAAGAAGGACUGCUAUCGUUGCUUAUAUGCACUGUUGAACGACGAAGCUUGCAUAUCGAUCCUGUCGUACGUUGCCACAGCGUUGCUCCGCAAAGAAGAUUUUGUGACAAUUUCGGCUCCAACUGAUGCUCAAGCCAAGAUUACACCUCUACCCCAGGCUUUACCACGUGACCCCAGGCUUCGAGCACACCAAUCUGUAGCCUCUACAUCAUACCCGAGCGAUUUUCAGCCGAUCACUGAUUUGCCGGAGGUUCGCGAUGAUCCACCAACAAAGCAGAUGUUCGCGUCUGAUUUUGAACAGACAAUGAACAAGUUCCUGCGAACGAUCAGUAAACAAGCAAAGGUUAAGAAAACAAGGACGCAGAAAGACUGCACACUUCCUGUCCCGAAGGAGGAUGCAGUGUCCGUAACUAAAACCAGCAAGAAUUCAACAGUUGGUCAAAAGUCAGGCCAGAGACAUGAUGACAUUUCGGCAGAUAGGAUUCGAAGGAUAUACGAAAAUGAACUGACAAAUGCGAUGAAACCGUGGACAAGAAAGCGCAGAAGUCUCAGAGCAUGCACGGGGGGUUCAGUGCCCGUUGUUUCGGCCCAAGAUUCACGUUGCACGCGUGAGUCACGGUUUCCUGACAAGAGGACCAAUUGUAAGAGGAAGAAGACGGUAGAGUACAAUUUGCGAACAUCGGCUGGUCUUUCGAUGUCCUCCGGUACUGGCGAUACGGACGAUGACUCUAACACGGAAAAUCACACUGUGUUAACGGCUGGAUCCACAGGAUCACGUACGUCAUUGGACGCGUCCUGUGAGGCUCCUUCAAUCGACCUGCAGGUUGUUAAACAACAGAAUAAGCAUCAUGACAGUGCAGAAACAUAUCAUGCGGGAAAUUGUCAUUUCGAUAGCUUAAGGUCAACAGAAGCGGCGGCGGAAGUCAGUAACGUAAUACCGGUCACGACUGGGCAAGUCCUCCCUCCAUUGAAACAGGAACAGAUCGAUCGAUACAACUACCUGAACACUGCCGACCUGGUAGACAGAUUGAAGAACUACUUGUGUCAGUACUCCAUCAGCCAGAGGGCGUUUGGUAGCUCAGUCUUAGGUCUGACGCAGAGCACCACCAGCGACCUACUGACGAAGCCGAAACGGUGGCACUCGAUGACUCAGAAAGGCCGAGAGCCGUAUAUUCGCAUUAAGCUGUUCCUGGACAGCGAGGAAUCAGCGAGAAAAAUGAUGCUAAGCCAAGGUGAUGGAGAUAGCAUCCUGUCGGGCAGUGAUUUUCAAGAUGGCGGCCCUGUUGUUAAGAUCGAAGAUAUCGUGAGACGUCACAAUUUUGUGGUGGUCGCGGCUCUCGCACCUUCUCAGCUCGAAGUAUGA